CGCCAGAGAAGAGGAAAAGUAACUCAUGUGGUCUUGUUUUGAUUUAAUUUGUUUCCAUUUUAAUUGUUAAUUGUUUUGCUUGUUUUGACUGUUUUUCCUUUAGUUUAGCACAAUGAUUGACUAUUAUAAGGUUCUCGGUGUCAAGAAAGAUUCAUCGAAAUCUAAAAUUAAAAAAGCAUUUAGACAAUUUGGUUUUAAAUGGCAUCCGGACAUGAGGACGGAUAAUAAGGACGAAGCUAAAAGAAGGUUUCAAAAAAUUUGUGAAGCAUAUGAAGUCUUGACCAAUGAUAGAUACAAGAAAGUUUAUGAUUCUUAUUAUGAGGAUCGAUCCGUUGAAGGCAAGAAAAAAUUCAGCACUAUUAAUCUAAACAGUCAAUUCAAUUUUCGUAUUCCGGAGGAAUUGUUCAGAGAAACUUUUGGAGGAAAUAAAAGAAACGUUGAAAGAGAUGGUUUUCACAAUGGAUCAAAUGAAAAAUCUAAUGAAAAUUAUGAUAAAUCUCACGAUAGACUUAACGAAAACUAUUCCAACGAGCCUGAUAAACAAUCCGAUGAACCGUCUAUUGAUCAGUCCAAUCAAAAGGCCAAUGAAACCGUCGAUGAAAAUGUCAAUUCGAAAGAUCCGAAUAACCUCUUAACUCGUGCGAUUGGCAUGGAUUGUGAGAUGGUUGGUGUUGGUGAGCAAGGAAAACAAUCAGUUUUAGCUCGAGUCUCACUUGUUAAUCAAUUUGGUAACUGUAUUUACGAUAAAUAUGUUAAGCCACUUGAACCAGUUACCGAUUACCGAACAUCAGUCAGUGGUAUUAGACCAGAGGACAUUGCCAAUGGAGAAGAUUUCAAGACAGUUCAAAAAGAAGUUUACGAUAUAGUUAGUCCUAAAAAUCGAAUUCUUGUUGGUCAUGCUUUACGAAACGAUCUUCGGGUUCUUAUCUUAGACCAUAUUAUUCCUAAAAGCCGAAUCAGAGAUACAGCAAUUUAUUUUAAGAAAAUGUUGAAAGGUAAAACACCUUCACUUAAACGAUUAACAAGUCAACUUUUAGGUGCUAAUAUUCAGUGUGGUGAACACGAUUCUGUUCAAGAUGCGAAAGCGGCAAUGAUGUUAUACACAAUGUACAAGAAGAAAUGGGAAAACGGAAUCAAAGGAAAACAUAAAUUAACAAGAAAAAAUGGAAAGUCGAUAGAAAACGAAAAUUAAACAUCGAUAAGUUAUUGCUAAUAA